AUGCCAAAGUAUUACUGUGAUUACUGCGACACUUUCCUCACACAUGACUCGCCCUCUGUCAGAAAAACUCACAACGCUGGACGAAAGCACAAAGAUAAUGUGCGCACCUAUUACCAAGAGUGGCUCGAAAAACAGACCCAGAAUAUUGUCGAUCGCUCUCAGAUGCCAAAGACACAGAUCCCCAGUGGCUUCGCCGCAUUCAACCCAAUGGCAACCGCUGCCAUUAGACCAAUGAUGGGAAUGAUGCGCCCCAUGGUUCCAAUGAUGCAAGUGCGCCCUGGAAUGAUGAUGAUGCAGCAAGGAAUGCAAGGGAUGAGAAUGGGCAUGAUUCGACCAGGCUUCCAACCAGGACAACCCUACUAA